UCCUGCGUAAAAGCUGCAAUGUUAGAACCAUGACACAAAUAAUAUCAUCAUAAACAAUGACAAACGACAAAUGAGGUGUUUGGACCCCUCCGGCGCGCCGUCCUCAGCCGGUUUCAUUCUCUUGCCGUGGCAGUUCCCAGUACACGUAAUCACUGCUUGCUGGAUGUGACUGGAGGACUCGUCGGCUCCGCCACUACCAUGGACCGGGGAGGGAUGAAGCACCGGGAUGGACGCCCGGAGAUGAGCGGCUACAGCGUGUACGAAGACGAGAACGAAAGACUGGCCGAGGCCCUCCGCCAGAAAACCAGCGCGUUAAAGUCUCUUUCUAUCGAUAUCGGGACAGAAGUAAAAUACCACAAUAAGUUGCUGUCGGAGAUGGACUCUGAUUUUGACUCCACGGGCGGUCUCCUGGGGGCGACGAUGGGCAGACUGAAGGUGCUCUCCAGGGGCAGCCAGGCCAAGCUGCUCCUCUAUAUGAUGCUCUUCGCCUGUUUCGUUUUCUUUGUGAUUUACUGGUUUGUGAAACUCAGGUGAUCGGACUUGUUUUUUAUGUUUUUUUGUUUUUUUUUGUCUGUGCCACAAACCCAUCAUUUUUUUUGGAGCAGUGGUCUCCAGUCACUCAGGGCUAUGCUGGGAGUUGUAGUUCCACAACAGGUUGGAGAGCACUGUUCUGGAGCAUACUUUUCCAUGACUGUACUGCGUAGACCCCCUGGCUUUUACUGGAAAAUGGCGGUGUUCUCCUUUAUGACUCGCCGAGACACUUGAUGACCGGUUUGGCUUACGGUAUUCCGGAUUCCACUCCCCCGACAUUCAUUCCACUAAACCUAUAAUCGUACAAUGAUGGAGGAGAGAAGACGAGAUCCAGGAAGAGUUAUGGAGGAACUCGCUAUUGCUAAUAAUUUUCUAAUUAUGAGAUCGUCGCACAGAGGAUUCAUGGAAGGAAACGCACAUUCUUCGGUCCCUCCUCUACACCUCCUGGAAAAAUUCCAUCGUCAUAAGAUUCAUUAUAUAUUGGUAGUAAAUUAAUGUUUUUUGGAUGGACAUUAAACAGCACUUUUAGCCUUU